AUGACGCCCUUUACGCCGCGCGCCAAAGCGGCGCAACCCUCAUCGAUGGACGAGGUGGAAUUGGUCGACGUCCCCUUUGAAGAGCGUCCCCCCCAAGACAAAACUACCCGCAACGCCAAUCGCAUGAGCGUUAUCUCACAGGCUUCCACAACUUUGGUCAGCUGGGUACCCCGCGUCAACUUUUGGGUGGCUCUUAUCUGCGUUACGGUUGCGGCUUUCUUGAUGAUUCUGGAUACUUCGAUUCUCUCUACAGCCAUUCCGACCCAUUUUCACGCCGAAUUCCACAACAUCAACGAUAUCGCUUGGUACGCCACUGCCUUUCAGCUCGCCAACGCCUGCGUCUUGCCCUUGACAAGCAAGAUCUACACCCGCUUCAGCACCAAAUGGACCUUCAACUUCUUCCUGCUCAUCUUCAUGGUCGGAUCCUACAUCUGCAGGGUGGCCAAUACCUCGGGUAUGCUCAUCGCAGGCCGCGCUGUUAUGGGCCUUGGAGCGGGUGGCAUCUGGAAUGGCGGUCUCACGAUUAUCACCGCUAUCACCACCCCUAAGCGCCGUGCGUCCGUCAUUGGCUGCGUUAUCGCCUUUGCUCAGAUGGGUGUUGGAGCCGGUCCGCUCUUUGGAGGACUGCUGACACAACACACCAAGGAUGGCUGGCGCGCUUGCUUCAAAAUCAACCUCGAAGUCGGAAUGGUUUUGUUCUUCCCCGUCAUGUUCAUGCAGGUUCCGGAGCAGAUCGAGAAGCCUCAUCCCUGGAAGGUUAUCCGGAGGCUGCACCGCGAAUUUGACCUCCUCGGCUUUGCACUUCUGGCUCCCGCCGUCUUCCUGUUCGUCUGGGUUCUCACAACUGCUCAGCUCAGCGGCCCCUUCUCCUGGAGUAGCGGCGCAAUUCUCGGCUCGCUUUCCGGCUCUACUCUGCUCUUCGGCGUUUGGGGAUAUUGGAACUACAGGAAAGGCGACAACGCUCUGCUGCCAGUCAGCACCAUGACCAAGAAAGUCGUUUGGGCCAGCGCCUUGACGCAGUGGUUCAUCAUGACAACGGUGUACUGCGUGUCUUUCUUUCUUCCCAUCUUCUUUCAGUCGAUUCAAGGAAAGACGCCCACUACCAGCGGUCUGGAUUUGUUACCUGGCUUUGGUGCUCAGCUUUUCUUUGGCAUCGCGGGAGGUUUCCUGGUCGAAAAAACCGGUUACAUCAUUCCCUACGCCGUCAUCGCUGGCGUACUCUGCUCUGUCAGCUGCGGCCUCAUGUCCACGAUCAAGAGCGGCACCCACUUCGGCAUCAUCACAGUUUACCAACUUAUCAACGGCGCCGGCCGCGGAUUUGGCACACAGAUGCCCACCAUCGCCGUCCAAACAGCCAACAUGCACCCGAUCGACACCACCAUUGCCAUCACCCUGCUCAUGUUCACCCAAAUGCUCGGUACCGCCCUUGUCCUUGCCUUCGCCAACAACAUCUUCGCGCACUCCAUCUCCAUGGCCCUAGAGCACAUCAUGUCCCGCGAGGAAGUCGAGGUGCUAAUCAGGAACGGCACCAUCGGCCUGAGUUCCAAGCCGGAGGAUCGCGAAAACUUGGAGAAGAUGGGAGAUUUGUUGAAAUACGUCAUGCGCGCCUACCUCGAAGGCGUCCACAACGUGUUCUACCUGGCGGCCGGGUUUGGCGUGCUCGCGGUGGUGAGCGCCUUCUUCCUGGGCUGGAAGGAUAUCAGGAGGACGACCGUGAAGAAGAACUGGUUUGGCAUGUCGUCGGACAAGGAGGCGAAUAAACUUCGUAAGAGUACGCCUGGCACGCCUUGUACACCUGCGAAGGGGCCGAAUACCAGUUUCAACGACAAUUUCAACAACGAUAAUGACACUCCCCUUGGCAACAACACCAGCCCGAUGCUCAGUCCUCCUCCUACCAGCGCGGCUACCAAGGCCGAGCGGAGGGUGAGCCGGAUGAGUCGGUUGAGUGACGCGGCUGACUUUGCUAAGUUCAAUGUCAGUCCGGCUCUCAGUCCUCUUGCCACCGGGACCACCAAGUCGGAGCGCAGGUUGAGUCGGAUGAGUGCUACGGCUGGGCUGGCUUAG